AUGAGCAAACCGAAAGCGAAAGCUGCUCAGACACAUCAAACAGGGAUAUACAAGUCAGACUCGGUCAGAGACGUCGCCGAGUCGCUGGGCAUCGCCAAUUUAUCCGAAACAGUAGCAUCCUCACUCGCUAGUGAUGUCGAGUAUCGCAUCCAUCAAGUCAUAGAGGAAGCUUCGCGAUUCAUGCGCCAUGCCCGACGAACCACGAUCACGACUUUAGACAUUGACCAGGCCCUUCGAGUUUUGAACAUCGAGCCUCUUUAUGGUCACAAUCCAGACAACCCCCCUGUAUUCAGACGUGCUCUGCCAUUUCCGAAUGCGGCUAAUGUAGGCCCCGUCUACUUCGUGGAUGAUGAAGAGAUCGACUUUGACCGCGUGCUUCGAGAGGAGAAAAUUACACUACCAAAAGGCGUCAGCUGGACCGCUCACUGGCUUGCAGUUGAAGGCGUCCAGCCUCUCAUUCCUGAAAAUCCGCCGGCAAUACCGAAGGACGUCGCUCAAGAAAUUACCAAGUCGCCACCCCAAGCAAACGGCGCAUUCCCAUUGACCCCGCCAUCAGAAAGCCGAUCUACUGUCAAGAAGCAGCAACAGCAGCAGCAACAACUAGUCAAACAAGUACUAUCACGAGAACUACAGCUAUAUUAUACGCGGCUUACGGCGUCAUUGUUACCGCCUACCGACUCUACCAAGCGGACAGCGGCCCUUGCGAGUUUGCGCAAUGAUGCAGGAUUACAAGCACUCUUGCCUUACCUUAUUCGCUGGCUUGGAGAGGGUGUUGUGACUGCGCUAAAGGAGGGUGCUCAAACUGAGGCAGAUGGUCGAUCGUUGGAGGUUUUAUUGGAUGUCGUCAGCGCUAUUCUCGAAAACAAUACGCUAUUCAUCGAACCUUAUCUCCAUCAAUUACUACCAGCUAUCCUUUCAACUCUUCUCCAUUCCACUCUUCCACCAUCACAUGCCACCCACUUGCGCACGUCUGCUGCUCAGACGCUAUCCCGUCUACUUACCCAACAUUCUACGACUUAUCCAUCCCUUUCACCACGAAUCAUGAAAACACUCCUCGUUGCUCUCAUUUCAUCAGACAAAUCCAAGGGAACGCGGGAAGGUGCCAUUCGCGGCCUGGUGGGAAUUGGAAAGGAGGCGGUAAGGAAGGGACUCGUGGAGGGUGGCGGAGUGAAAGUUGUGGGAAGUGAAUGCGCACUAGGGGAGACCGGUCCUCUCGUCGAUUCCGUUAUGACUGCUUUGCAUGUCCUGCAUGCGGCAUCGGACAUGCCCGAGUCAUUAGAUGCAACGGACGAUGGGGACACUGUGACUAUGAGGCAGUUGCAGGAUGUUUUAGGCAAUUUCUUCGCCGAGAAGCUUUACGGCGAUAAAGGUUGGGCACUGGGUAUUUUGAGUAGCAUAAAACAGCAAAGCUGA